UACUCUGUUAGCCGCCGAUAGCUCAAAAAAAUCCCAGCUUUUGGGGGACGCGGACGCCAAAAUCGCGUUCCGUCCCACAAGAUACCGGCGCGGAGCCGAGCGGAGACACCGCGACGGUCAUUGACUUCCCCGCCCUCCCUCCCCUCCAUCCAAGGCGGAUCCACCCGUGUCCGCCUAUAAACUCUCAACUGCCCCCGAUUUGUUCGACGCCAUCUCCAGUCCUCCCUUCCCACGCGCUGCUCCCAUCCAUCUCGUCCUGCUUCGCUGCGCGGCUGUGCCGGCGGGAUCAUGGCAGGGGAGGGGGAGGAGGUCUACGUGGCGGCCAUCGACCAGGGCACCACCAGCACCAGGUUCAUCAUCUACGACAGCCACGCCAAGCCCAUCGCUUCGCACCAGCUCGAGUUCAAGCAGCACUACCCGGAGGCAGGAUGGGUUGAGCAUGAUCCGAUGGAGAUUAUAAAGACUGUGAAGGUGUGCAUGACGGAGGCAAUUGCCACAGCUAAUGGACACAAUGUCCAUGCUGGCUUGAAGGCCAUUGGGAUCACAAAUCAGAGGGAAACCACCGUUAUGUGGAGCAAAUCCACUGGCCUUCCACUGUACAAUGCCAUUGUGUGGAUGGAUGCUCGCACAAGCCCUGUUUGCAGGAGAUUGGAAAGUGAGCUAUCAGGUGGUAGAACCCACUUCGUGGAGACAUGUGGAUUGCCAAUUAGUACCUAUUUCAGUGCUCUUAAGUUAUUAUGGUUGAUGGAAAAUGUGGAUGCUGUCAAGGAUGCGAUCCAGACUGGUGAUGCCUUGUUUGGCACAAUCGACACUUGGUUGAUCUGGAACCUUACAGGAGGUCUUGGUGGUGGGCAGCAUGUCACAGACUGCUCAAAUGCAUCUCGUACGAUGCUUAUGAAUCUAAAGACACUCGAUUGGGACAAGCCAACACUUGAUGCAUUAGGAAUUCCUGCCAAGGUUUUGCCGAAGAUUAUUAGUAAUUCAGAGAAAAUUGGUGUGGUUGCCAAUGGGUUUCCCUUGGAAGGUGUCCCCAUCUCAGGUUGCCUAGGAGAUCAGCAUGCUGCAAUGCUAGGGCAGCUGUGCCAGAAGGGUGAAGCGAAAAGCACCUAUGGAACUGGUGCCUUUAUCCUUCUGAACACUGGGGAGGAGGUUACCCUGUCCUCCCACGGUCUUCUUAGCACCAUUGCUUAUAAGCUUGGCCCAAGUGCGCCCACUAAUUAUGCUCUAGAAGGCUCCAUUGCAAUUGCUGGUGCAGCUGUUCAGUGGUUAAGGGACAGCCUUGCAAUAAUUCAGACUGCAGCUGAAAUUGAAAACUUGGCUGAAACUGUGCCGGACUCUGGUGGGGUGUACUUUGUGCCAGCGUUCAAUGGGUUGUUUGCACCAUGGUGGAGGGAUGAUGCAAGGGGGAUCUGCAUUGGUAUCACAAGGUUCACAAAUAAGGGGCACAUUGCUCGAGCAGUGCUAGAGAGUAUGUGCUUUCAGGUGAAUGAUGUCCUCAGCUCCAUGCACAAGGAUGCUGGAGAGGCAGGAGAAGUAAAAAGCGCGGAAGGGGAAUUCUUGUUGCGCGUCGAUGGUGGCGCUACUGUUAAUAAUCUUCUCAUGCAGAUUCAGGCUGAUUUAUUGGGUAGCCCUGUUGUCAGACCAGCUGACAUAGAGACAACAGCCCUUGGAGCUGCAUAUGCAGCUGGGUUAGCUGCUGGAGUCUGGACAAAGGAGCAGGUAUUUGCGGGCUUGCACAAGGAGAACACGACAGUCUUCCGCCCGAAAUUGGACGAGACCCACAGGAAGAAGAGGGCAGAUUCAUGGUACAAGGCGGUUUCUAGAUCAUUUGACUUGGCUGAUCUAUCCCUUUAGAUUGACACACCUUGUUGCACGGUAGGCACGAUCAAUCGUUGCCCAGGUGGUUGUCAGUUAGCCCUUGCUUGUCGAUGAAUAAAGCGGUACAUUGUGCAUUACUUCUGCGGGCUUGUUCUUUGUUUUCUUGGAAGAAACGAAGGAUAGAUAACCGGGUGUAUAUUGAUAAAAUUAUAAGCACAGAGAUAUCUCAAUUCUUCAAAAAGAAUUACUUUGGAGUAUUCAUGUAUCUCAAUUCUUCAAAAAGAAUUACUUUGGAGUUUUUAUGUAUCUCAAUUCUUCAAAAAGAAUUACUUUGGAGUA